GAGGUUCGGAUCAGAGACGCUGCGGAGCUCCGCGUUUAUACUUCUCUUAUUCUGCGCUUUGAAUGUGUUUUAUUACUGCUGGAGGCUCUUUGAGAGAACGUUUACUGAAUUUGGAGAUUUCGUUUGGAUUUAAUGCGAAGCUGAGGUGAGAGAUGACUCAGUUCCUGCCCCCCAACCUGCUGGCAUUGUUUGCCCCGCGGGACCCGAUUCUUUUUUUGCCACAGCUUGAGAAACUUCCCCAUGAAAAGCAUCACAACCAGCCGUACUCCGGCAUCGCUCCUUUUAUAAAGCACUUUGAGGAUCCUCGAGAUGCUCCACCACCUACGAGAGCUGAAACCAGGGAUGAGCGGCUGGAAAGAAAGAGGCGAGAGAAGAUGGAAAGAAGGCAGACUCUGAUGGAAACUGAACUCAAAUUAUGGGAUCCUCACAACGACCCCAACGCUCAAGGAGACGCCUUUAAGACCCUGUUUGUGGCUCGUGUUAAUUAUGAUACAACAGAGUCCAAGCUGCGCAGAGAAUUUGAGGUUUACGGCCCCAUCAAACGAAUCUAUAUCGUGUACAACAAGAGGACUGCAAAGCCACGUGGAUACGCAUUCAUCGAGUACGAACAUGAGCGAGACAUGCACUCCGCCUACAAGCACGCGGACGGUAAGAAAAUCGACGGGCGGAGAGUUCUUGUGGACGUCGAAAGAGGUCGUACCGUGAAAGGAUGGCACCCCCGUCGACUCGGUGGAGGUUUGGGUGGUACUAGGAGAGGAGGUGCAGACGUUAACAUUAAGCAUUCCGGUAGAGAUGAUGCCUCCCGCUACGAUGAGCGUCCUAUUGGAGGAGGAGGAGAGCGCGAACGAGAGCGGCGGAGCCGUGAGCGUGAGAAGGAGCGCGGCGAGCGCGGCGAGCGUGUCGAGCGCGUCGAGCGUGUCGAGCGCGUCGAGCGCAGGCGUUCCCGCUCACGCGAAAGACGCAGACGCUCCCGUUCCCGCGAGCGCGAAAGACCCGCCGUGGCCGCAGACGAAACCGUCGGCCGGCGCAGGGAACGAGAGCGAGACGGCGAGGUCAAGCCCCGCGAAAGGAGCCGAGAACGGGACCGGGACCGUGAGCGCAAACGGAGAAGCAGGAGCAGGGACCGGAGGAGGGACAGGGAGCGAGGAAAGGGCGCAGAGGGAGGCGACGAGGGUGCAGGCGGCAUGACCGACGGCAUUAUGGGAGAGGGGGGAGAGAGGGGAGAGAGGGGGUUGGACGAAUCGAUCGGAGGCGAGCCGGCUCGUGGCGAGGAGGGAGCACCCGAGGGAGAAGAGCGAUCGAGGGAUAGAGAUAGAGAAAGAGACCGAGAGAGGGACCGAGACCGGGACAGGAAGCGCAGUCACAGGGAUAAAGAUAGAGACCGCGAUAGAGAUAGGAGGAGGGACCGGGAUAGAGACCGCGAGCACAAGCGGGACCGGGGUGACAGGGAGCGCAGGGAAGACCGACACGCUCCUAUCCUGCCUCCUAUGGGUGAGAAUGAGAGCAUGGGCAACGGAGAAGAGGGGGAUGCAGCUUUCCCCCCACCACUGGAGGAGGGAUCUCAGGACAGCAUGGGUGCCAUGAUGGACCAGGACUCUAUGCAGUCUGGAGAAGGCUAUGCUUCCAAUGAGAAUGGCUACAAGAUGGAGCCACAGGGUGAAGAAUAUUAGUCUAGAGAUCAUCCACAGUGGUUUUUACAGUAGUUCCCUGUCAUAUCUUCAUGUUUUCAAAGUGGUCCACACAAAAGACCACAGCGGUUGUAUUAGUAGCUGCUUCGUCAAGUGUCCAGUCCAUCUUCUGGUCCGAAUAUAACUAUUUAAACUGUAGAUUUCAACAGCGUCAAGUAAUAUUGGGAAAGCUUGCGUAAAAAGGUGUGUUCAAUGACCUUAAUCAUUAUCGAACACUACUUGCAGAGCUGUAAAGUCUCUCCACUGCUUUACCCAAUCAGCUAUUAUUACAGGAACUAAUGUUUUCCAGAUUUGUGAGUAUAAUUCUGGGUGAAAAAUCAAUUAAAGCAUUUUUAUUUCCAAAAUAAUGCUUUUGAUUUAGAGCUUUAGCUGUCGGGGUGUCCAUACCGAGCCGAAGUGCUACGUAUGCAGUACUUCAUUCGUGUUCGUUUUUUUUUGUUUUUUUUUGUGAACCGGCUGCUCGUCAAGGACGAAUCAAAUGUGUGCUUUCAAUGGAAAAUGUUGCCAUAGGUUUAUGACGUCGCUCUUAUUCUUUGUAAUUAACCUUAUAUGUAAGAAGAAUUAAUAUGGCUGGUUUGUGGACGUCCCCGUCAUUUGUUUUCAGGUUCAGUUUUGCGUAUUGCUUCUCUUUAAUAAAUACGCUUUUUUAAUGAAA